AUGGCGAAUGUGAGGGACAGUGAUACUUCGUUGUGGCUUCAUAACAAGUUGGGAACGUCAAACGACAGCUGGACGGGGAGUUCAAUCUGUUCGCAAUUGAAUGCCGAAGUCCUCAGAAACAUCAAGGACUGUUUUCCCGAUCUUCAGACGCAGGUCAAGCUCAAAUUACUGCUUUCGUUCUUUCACAUACCCAGGCGCAAUGUUGAGGAGUGGCGAGCAGAACUCGAGGAGAUCAUCGAAGUGGCUUCGUUGGACAGCGAGUUAUGGGUGUCGAUGUUGGCCGAAGCGAUGAAGACCUUCCCCUCGACAGGCUCCCUGAACACAGACAUCUCAGACCUCGACGAGCAUCGUCCCAUCUUCGGUGAGCUCGUCAAUGACCUUCGCAAGCUCUUGAAGAAGCAGCACGAUCCGGCGAUGCUCCCCCUGGAGUGUCACUACCUCAACAAAACAGCUCUGAUAUCGGUGGUGGGCCAACAGCCAGCACCAACCAAGCAUUUCACCCUCAAACGAAAGCCCAAGAGUGCAGCAUUGAGGGCUGAAUUACUACAGAAGAGUGUCGAUGCUGCGAAUAAUUUGAAGAAGAGCACUGCCCCAACGGUUCCAGUAAGAAGUAGAGGAAUGCCUCGAAAGAUGACUGACACAACUCCCCUCAAGGGCAUUCCCAGCAGAGUUCCAACGAGUGGAUUCAGAUCCCCAGCGAUCACUCCCUCCUCGAUGUACACUAGAACCCCGAUCAGCAGCAGAAGUCGAAAGGACGGGGGUAUUAAACUGCUGGAGAUUACCGAGCAGCCCCUGGGGUAUGCCCAGGCGAAGAAGAGGAAACGAAUGCUGGAGUUGGAGGAGCAGCAGAAGAAGGUGGCCGAGGCGCAGGCUGCAGCUGCUGCUGCCACGACGACAAGUCCCACACCUGCUGAGGCAUCCACCACUCCUGAGUAUGCCCAGGGUCUGGCCCCUAUCAACCCACCAGCUACUCCAGCCACAGCCGGCACUAUUACUGGGACCUCAACUACGCAGACUUAUACCACUACGAGCACCCCUAUUGCUGUGCCUACGACACCUAGUACACCUCAGACUCCAACAACACCGAGUACUCCAGCCACUCCCAGCACUCCAGUCCCCACUCCCACAAUCACCCCAGUGGAAACCACUCCAGUGGGCGUCCAGACAGUUCGGCCAGCCCAAACAGUCACCCAAAUUCGAAUCCAGACGAAUCCGCCACCUGCCAAUGCAGCAAAUACCAGAAAGGGGUUGUCCCUCACGAGGGAGCAAAUGCUGGAGGCCCAGGAGAUGUUCAGAACAGCCAACAAAGUCACUCGACCCGAGAAGGCCCUCAUCCUCGGGUUCAUGGCUGGAUCCAGAGAGAAUCCCUGUCCAAAGCUAGGAAAUAUCGUCACUGUUAUGCUCUCUGAGAACGUCGAGGAUGUUGUGCAGCCGGAUGGAACCACAGUCUCGAUGCUCGUUGAGACACACUUCCAGAUGAAUUACACGAACGGAGAAUGGAAGAGGAUAAAGAAAAAUAGGAGAGUUGUGACUGAGGAAUCAGUUUCCACUACCACUCCCACAGCCCCUGCGACAGCCACAGCGUCGAAUUAAAUUUUUUCACGGCGAGUUUGAUCUUUUCUAACAUUUUUUCGAAUGUUUCUAUUUAUCAGUUGUUGAUUAAAGUCUAGAGCUAGAAUAAGAAUUACAAAAACAAAAUGACAAACAAUCUGGGUAUUCCUGAGCUCCUGCAAUUAUCUAGCAUCUGGUGUAAACAUUUUUAUGUGCAUUUCACUCGUUAACAUUCUUUUUCAAGAAAAUCUAGUCCCAAAAUUUCAUCAACAGCUGAUUAAUUCUUUUUCUACGCACAUAUUUUCAAAAUUAUGAAAUCAUCGUUCAAUGGUUUUCUUUUUUUCGUAUUGUAUGUUAUUUUCGUCGAAAUAACGAAUUAUUUCUGGCACAAGUGCCUCUGACAAAUUGUGAAUUUUUUUUUAUUUCUGACUCGAGAAUUAUGAAGGAAAAUUGUAGUUUGUGGUAGUUAGGACCUCCUCGGAGGCUUAAAAUCGCCUAAUUGAAUAAUGCAGAUCUCAAUUCGAGAGAAAUCUAUGGGAGAGAAAUUUAUCGCUUAUAUAUGGUAUCAUAUAACGAAGACGAAUCAUGUGAUGAAAGGAUUAAAUUGUUUGUAACUUAUAUUUUUUCCUCAAUGCAUCACAAUUAUUACGACUAACAAAUGUGAGGAAUUAAGAAGUCUUGUAAAGUUGUUAUUCAAAUAAAAU